AUGGAUCGUGGCUUUAGAGGGGUGUGCACGCCAGAUGUUUAUGUUUUUACCCGUGAGAGGUCAUUUCAAGUGAAGCUUGGUGACGUGUUGAUUUAUGGGCAAAGGAGGAGAGGGACAAUGGGGCUAACUACUGUGGUUGAGUUUUGUAGGUGUGACUUUUAUGGUUGGUUACUGAUGUUGAGUUUUGCAAUGGUGGGGAUGGUUGCCAGGGGGUCUAUGUGUGUGGCUAUGACAGCCUUCCUUGGCAGUGAGGGUGGUUGCCAAGCUUUGAUUUUAGCCUUGAAGAUGGUGAGUGGGUAUGGGUUUGUGGGUGUGACUAUCAAUGGAAGGCUUGAUAGUGGAGGAGGAAUCCGUCGGGAUGAUGAUGGCAUUGCUGGAGUAGAGUUUUGGGCAAGGGAGGAUAGGUUAUGUGAAGGACCUGGAGGUGGCCUAAAGGUUGAGUGA